UUCAAGUUAGGGCGACAUUCAAACGGGCCGCUGAACGCAUGGGUGCUAAGAACAGCGUCGUCGAGGUGGUGGCGGCCAACGUCAUUGUCGUUGAGCGGGAGGCGCUCUUGAAAGCACAUCCCGUGGACGACGACCUUCGGCACUGGCACAUAUGGAGCCAGCUCGACAUGCAUGACGAAGCCACGGCCGUCCGACUGUCCAAGUUUAUGCGCAACUUAAUGGACCUCGUCGUCCCUGAUGCAGCGAUCCGCGACUCAGAUACUGCCAUGUCGGGGGAGCUAGACCUCUCCAGUGUGAAGCUACACGAUGCCAUCCACAUGGACUGGCCCCUCAAGGCCUCCCAGAUCGAGGAAAUGAUACGAGACUUCGAGCUGUCGGCAGAUGCAGUGCAUAUCCCCCUGCCUCGAGAAAGUUACCACAAGUUACUGGUUCAAUCGACCGAGUAUUACGCUGCACAGCCCAACGUCAUCCCUUUGCAAAUUCCCCACGGUUGUACGUUGACGGUGGUGGGCGAUUUGCACGGACAGCUACACGACUUGCUGUAUAUUUUCAAGACCCAGGGCCUGCCGUCGCCGACCAACUGGUACCUCUUCAAUGGCGACCUUGUGGACAGGGGGAGCUGCAGCGUGGAGAUUUGCGCCAUCGUACUGGCGUACCAAAGUCUCUUUCCCGACGCCGUGCAUGUCAACCGAGGCAACCACGAAGACGAGUUUAUGAACAGCGUCCAUAGCUUUCGUCAGGAGGUACUCGUCAAGUACGACGCCGACAUGUUUGACGCGUUCAACGCGCUGUUCAACGCGCUGCCCCUGGCACAUGUAGUCAAUCGCUCCAUCUUCGUCGUGCACGGCGGUCUGUCCGAUGCCCCGCUCACGCUAGCACAAAUCAAUACCAUCCCUCGCCACGAAUACCAUUUGCAUGUCCCGAACGACCGUCGCAUGUCGGAGGAACUGCACUGGAUGCAGGACCUGCUGUGGUCAGACCCGCAGGUACCUCUCGGCCUUGCGACCAGCCGACGGGGCGCGGGGGUGGUGUUUGGUCCCGACGUGUGCGCCGCUUUUCUCCGACUGAAUCAGCUCAAGAUGGUAGUGCGAUCGCAUGAAGUGAUCCGGGAAGGUUUCAUGUGGACGUUCGACGUUGAUGAAGUCACCGCGGACGGACGCGUGCCCGAGGUGCCGCCAAGUCACGUUCCUUUAGACAUGGGCGACGUUCCAGAGAGCAUGCUCCUCACGCUCUUCUCGUGCUCCAACUAUUGCCAUGACAGCAACAGGGGAGGCAUCUUGGUACUGGAUGCUGUGUUGAAUUAUCACAUCCACACGUACAGCGUUCCGCCCAAGAGAUCGUUGAUUCGAGGACUGCCAGCGUUUCGAUCUAUUGAAGACCACAACCGCCACAACAUCAUGCAGCUGCUCCUCAGCCACAAGUCAAAGUUGGCGCAAGCAUUUGCAGCACUCGACGAGUCCAAGGCAUCCGGUACCGUGGAUCAACCUCCAUAUAUAUAUAUAUAUAUUGUAGCUCUUUGUAUCCAAGCUACAGGAUGUAGACAACAUGGUGACUGUGGACACGUGGGCGGCGGUGCUGCGUCAAGUGCUGGAGCUCGACUUGGACUGGAAGGAGCUGGCGCCGCGGAUGGCUGCCGUGGACGCGCAAGGACGUAUCAACUACGUCAAGUUUCUCGCGUCGUUUCGCGCCGUGUACGAAGGCGUAAGAAAGUGAUCUGGUAUCCAUCCAUCACGUGCGACGUAGCACCGCGAGUGGCACGGGGUGUUUGAUGCGCUGUACCCGCACCGGAAGGCGCUGGAGGCGAUCUUUUGCUUCUUCGACCGAGACCAGUCGGGGCAGAUCUCCAUGGACGAGUUCAAGCGAGGGUGUCUGCUGCUCAACGACCACCUGCCGUCGCCGGAUCGGUGGAAGGACCCCAUCGCGUUGUUUCGCGACAUCGACAUUGACGGCACGCGAUCCAUUAGCAUCAACAAGUUCUUUGAAGCGUUUCGAAUCAUCGACAAGCAAAGCCACGACGUAGCUAGCGCCAUAAACUGAAUGAUGAUGCAAACAACUGUGUGUCGUGAGAGUCUUGUUAUGAAGGUCGGGCGGAUGGGGGAGGAUGGGUCGUGUCUUGAGAUAACGGGUACGCUUGGUCGUGCCACGUCAGCACGUGGUGGCCGUCGUCGUGGAAGUCGAUGAACUGGCUCACUUCCACAGCCACAUGCGACUUGAGCAAGCCAAACAGCGACAAGUGCUUUGUCUGAAUCCAGUGGUACAGUCGGUUUGUGGCGGGCGACAUGGCCACGUUCGACGGAUGGAACUCGACCUCGUGGCCUGCAUUCGUGACCAGGGUCCACGUCCCAUCGUCACAAUCAGGCUGCUUGAGUUCUGUAAAGACGACGGGGGUGUCCGCAGCUUUGAUGUAGUUCAUCUCGGAUCCACAUGGAGAAAUGUACGGGUAGUCGUGGAAGAGGGACUGGGUGUUGGCAUGGUGCGGGUUUGGUCGCAGCUGGCCAAAGAAGAACCUGAGAAACUUGCGGCUCUUCAGCGACGUCGCGAUGUUCUUGGGCACGGUGUCCUCGAGGAACAGUUGGCCCU